AUGGGUCACGCGUCGGCGUCUCGCGUUUCGCGGCGCUCUCUCGCCGCCAACCUGAAGACGUACCAAUCAGGCGGCGUCGGCGAGCAUGAGCCCUCUUCAAAUACGCCGAAAACGUCGUCGUUUUCUCGUUUGCUUAGUUGUCGUAUGCUCAAUUUCGCGAUUCGCUGCUGGGCACUCGCGAUCGCGUUGGCCGAUGCGUUCGAUUACAAAUUGUCGGUGCUCAUUUUUCCCGAGGAGAAGCUCACGUUCGAGCAGCUCGUCGGCUCGGUUACGCACGCGUUCGUUGAAGUGUUCGGCGGCGAGAAGUGCACGUUCGGCAACGACACGAUCGAGGCGGUUUUCGUCGACGCCACCGGCGACGCAAACCGAUUGGCAAUAACCGAUGAUGUCGUCUGCGGUCAAAUGCUCAACUCGUCGCUGGCUUCCGUCAUCUAUUCGGCGUCGUUGACGACGUCCGCCGAAUUUCUGAGUCUCGUCUCAUCCGCCUCCUAUGCGUUGUCGUUCUAUAAAAUACCGGUGGUUGGGGUGAUGGUUCGCGACGCCGAAUUCAGCAAAAAGAAAAUUUAUCCGACAUUCGUUCGACCGACGGCGCCAUUAUCCGACGAAGCCUUCGUAUUCCUUCAUCUCCUUUUAAGGCUGCAAUAUAGACAAGUUGUGGUGGUCAGUGUAAAACGCGAUAGAAAUGCCGAGCAAUUUGUAGCCGAAUUCGAAAAACGACGAGUAGAAUUCAAAAUAAUUGUUCAACGGUACAUUCAAGUGGAGCUCAAUGAGCAUCUAAACGACACAUUAGCCGAAAAUUUCGAAGAAGUCACUUCAAAUAUCAUUGUGUUAUUUGCAAAAAAAGAUGACGCUAUGAAGAUAUUCCAGAACACCGGCGAUCUCAGCGGCAAGGUUUGGCUCGUCAGCGAAAGCGCCGGCGAGGCUCCAAAUGUGCCAAACGGCUCGCUGGGAUGUCGACUGAGCCAAUCGACGUAUUCGGUGCUUCGCGACUCGCUAGUUAUUCUGAAGAUCGCGCUCGAGCACGCGUUCAAUGUCGAUGAGCAACUUGUGCCACCGGUGGAAUGCGACAGGGAGAGUGCGCAGCCGGAAUGGAGCGGUCAAGCGAAAAUGCUUCUAAGCGCAAUUUGCGAUGUGAGCACAACUCGAAUUCAUUUCAACGAGAAAUGCGAAAGAAUCGGCGUCGAGUACGACAUUCUCAACUUCAACGCGAUUCGACGACGACAAGUCGGAAGCAUGAUUGGCGAUGUGCUUCAACUCGACGAAGAGGCCAUCGAAUGGGCCGGAGGCGCGAAGCCGUUGGAGAUAAGCCUUCCGAAACAUCUGCGGGUGGUCACUGUCGCCGAUCCGCCGUUCGUCUACAUCACACCGGUGGAGCGCACCGAGUUGUGCGCGGAAAUGUGGAACACCGACGUCGAAAUAUCCAAGUAUGACACGAUUUCUGUGCCGGGACCCUGGUACCCAUGCCCGAUGACAUUUGACAAUUUCACCGAUAGCUAUUGUUGUGCGGGAUUGGCGAUCGAUCUGCUCUCGAAUCUCGCGCUUCCUGAGGCGAACAACAGCAUCGACACGAGCUUCACCUUCUCACUACAUCUGAAUGAAUCGUAUGGGGUGGUGCAGGCUGGCGAGAUGGAAGGCCUCGUCAUCAGCGGAAUGAUUGGCGAGCUUGACGGCGACACGGCCGACAUGGCGAUCGGCGGUUUGACGAUCAAUCCGGAACGCGAGCGGAUUAUUGAUUUCACCGAACCGUGGCUGUACCACGGAAUUCGGAUAUUGGAGAAGAAUAUUCCUCGCGAUUCGCCGAUGCAAUCAUUCCUUCAGCCGCUUCAAUCCUCUCUAUGGACGGCUCUAUUCGUGUCCGUCCUGCUCGUCGGCCUCGCCAUUUAUUGUCUCGACUUCAAGUCACCAUUCGAGAGGUUCUAUCAAGCCGAUCGCGAGAAGGAGGUCGACCUUCAGAUGUUCAACGCGUGGGACGACGACAAAAACGACGACGACAACGUGAAUUUCGGCGAAGCGAUGUGGUUCGUCUGGGGUGUUCUAUUGAACAGCGGCGUUUCUGAAAAGACGCCGCGUAGCUGCUCGGCGCGAGCACUCGGCAUUGUGUGGUGCGGCUUCUGUAUGAUCAUGGUCGCCUCCUACACCGCCAAUCUUGCCGCGUUCCUAGUUCUCGAUCAGCCCGAGAAGGGCCUCACCGGCGUCACCGAUCCGCGCCUUCGCAAUCCGUCGGCCAACUUCUCGUUCGGCACCGUCCUCAAUUCCAACGUCUAUCAAUACUUUAAACGGCAUGUCGAAUUGUCGACGAUGUUCCGAAAAAUGGAGGCGCACAAUGUUUGGAAGGCGUCCGAAGCGGUGCAUCUCCUGCUGAAUGGAACACUCGACGCGUUCAUUUGGGACUCGACGCGUCUCGAAUUCGAGGCGGCGAGACAUUGCGAGCUGAGAACGCGCGGCUCGCUGUUCGGCCGAAGCGCCUACGGCAUCGGCCUUCAGAAGCACAGCCCGUGGACGCCGCAUAUCACGUCGGCGAUAUUGCGAAUGUCGGAAAGCGGCGUAAUGGAGCAUUUGGAUCAGAAAUGGAUCGAUAGCAACAAGGAGAAGUGCAUUGUCGAAGUGCACAAGUCGCCCGCUCGAUUGGGACUCGUCAACAUGAAGGACAUUUUCAUUCUCGUCACAACCGGCGUCGUCGUCGGCGCAAUUCUCAGCGCGAUUGAGGUUUGGUACGGUAGAAGGCUGGCUGAACGAGGACGCCGUCGCAUCAUCGUGAAUCGAUACGCCCAAAAAUGGUUGGGCAUCGCGCGAGGGAUACGCAAGAGGGGUGCGAAGAAGUAUCAUCUGUCGAGGCCCGUCAUCAGACGAGGCUUCUCGGGAAUGGAGCGAUGCACAUUCGAGCAGCUCAAAGAGCUUCGACAUCAUCGCGGAUUGUCGAGCUCGCGAUUCGGCGAGCACUUCCUCCUGCCCGAUUACGCAUUCAACGACAAACCGGUGGUGUUAUUCUGCCCGCGGUGUCGGAAUAUUGUCGAGACCGAUGUUCAUCGGGAGACGGGCGUGUUCGCGAUUCUGUCGUGCUUCCUGUUCGCCGUCAUGUUUCUGUGGCCGUGCUCACCGCUUCCAUGCUUCCUCAACGCGUUCAGCGAUUUUCUGCACGUCUGCCCGAAUUGCGCCCACAAAAUUGGGCGAUUUCGGCGUGCUCGUUCGCCAAAAUUUUAUGUAUAG